AGCGCAGUCUGGUCACAUGAUAGUGUCAGAGCGCAUGCAUGUUGCAAAAGCAGGGAAGUGAAGAGAGAGACGGCCCCUAAACUUUCGGAAUGCUAAGUGCUGUUUUACAAUAAUGCAAACCAUAAUAAGUUAACGGAGAAAGGAACUUGGAGGUCUUCUUGGAUUGCUCCAGGUUCCCACUGCCAUGGCCAAGUCCAAGAAAGGUAUGGGUGGACCUGCUGACUCUCCAAAGAAAGGGAGGAAGACCAAAUCUCUCGGCUCUGCUCAAAAAGUUGGUAAACAACAGACAGGCAGCAGGAAGACCACAGGGCCUGGUUUUCAGUUACAAUCUGGACAGUCAUCCCUCAAGUCCCUAGCUGGAAACAGCAUCUCAGGAAACUGUGACACUAUCCAGCAAGUUAAACAAGAUGCUCAAACAACGCAGAGCUCUGACAAUGGUAACGUCACCAUAUCGUCACCUGCAGUCAUACACGGAGGCGAUGGCUCUGACCCAGUGUCCCAGAGAAGCUCACAGCAGGCUGCAGAGCAGUUGAUAGCUGUGCUACCUGCUCCACCACGUUUGGCAUGGAAAACCAUGGUUAGACCAGCACCUGCUCCAACUACUCUGAAGAUAAUGAACGGAGAGAAGAGUGCAUAUGAGAAAGACAUGUCCCAACCCACACAGCAGAUCAGGUUACCUCAGGAACUCAAAGAUUCACCACAAUCAGCCUCCAAAAAGAAGAAAAGAAAGAUGGGGUUAUAUAACUUUGUCCCCAAGAAGAAAUCUAAAGUGUCCAAGAAACAGAACAUCCCGCUGUCCUCAAAUGCACAGCAGGAGGCCUUGCAUACAGCUGGAUUCAAAGGUGGGCAGAUGUCCAUAGAGGAGGCAUUCAAACACAGAGUCGAUCCUGAGAGCCCAGUGAAACAGACUUCAAUGGUAGAGAGAGUAAAUGCAGCAGUACCGAUCAAGAACAAAGAAAUAGAGGACGUUCCAGAAGGCGGUGCUGAAGAAUACACCGAACUGCCUCUACAUGCUCUGGCUCAUGAUAACAUGUUCACAGCAGUUCCCACAGGUUUGCCGGAGGAUAAAGAGAACAUGGAGGCUGAUGACAUGUUGGAACCUCCACUGUGUAGCUGUCGCAUGGAGACACCUAAGAAUCAAGAUGUAGUGAUUCUGGCUGAGGGCAAGUGCAUGGCUGUGGAGAGUGUAGAUGGAAAGCUUAGUUUAUGUCGGAAGGUUAUUCUGAAGCAGGAAAUGAUGCGUCCUUCUCUGAAGAUCCCAUUGCUUGUGCUGUGCGAGGAUCAUCGUGCGGGCAUGGUGAAACACCAGAGCUGCCCAGGCUGUGGGUUCUUCUGCAGGGCUGGGACAUUUAUGGAAUGUCAGCCAGAUGGGAACAUCUCUCACCGCUUUCACCGGAGCUGUGCCUCACUGAUCAGAGGUCAGCUCUACUGUCCGCACUGUGGUGAGGAGGCUAGUCAUGCUAAAGACGUCACGUUCCCCAAACCUGACUCUGUUAGUGCAGUGCCAACAGCGGCUGUGCCCGCAAACAAGAGAGACACCGCCUUAAUGGAAAGGGGCAAACUGGACUCUGUUACUGUUGGCUGUGCAAUAGACCCUGCUAAAGAAUCACUGGAAAGUGUUCUGAAUGCGCUGGAGGAUGGCAAGUAUAAGAAGUUCAAGCUACCCCCGAAGCAGCUUUAUUUCUCUGCUAAGAGAGGAGAGCUCCAGAGGGUUUUGCAUAUGCUGGUAGAAGGCGUGGACCCAAACCUGCGGAUGGAGAGUGAAAAGAGGAAGACCCCCCUGCACUGUGCGGCUGAGGAGGGACAAAAGGAGAUCUGCCAUAUACUAGUGCAGGCUGGUGCAAACCUGGACAUGUGUGAUGCGGAGCAGAGAACUCCUCUGAUGUAUGCCUGUGAGAACAAUCAUCUAGAAACCGUAAAAUACUUGCUGAAAGCUGGAGCUUCUACUGGACAUAAGGAUUUGAGAGGCUCCACAUGUCUUCACAUGGCAGCAAGAGGGGGACAUACAGGUGUGCUGCAGUAUCUCCUCUCCACUGCCUCUAUAGAUGUCAACUGUAAGGAUGAUGGCGGGUGGGCUCCCCUCACCUGGGCAACAGAGAACAUGCGACUAGAGCAGGUGAAGCUGCUGAUCUCAGCAGGAGCUGAUGUCCAAAUGAGAGAUAAGGAAGAGAAUAUCUGCCUUCACUGGGCAGCAUUCUCUGGUUGUGAUGAGAUCGCUCAGCUCCUGCUUGAGAAGAGGUCUGACCUUCAUGCUGUGAACAUCCAUGGAGACUCACCUCUCCACAUCGCUGUUAGACAGAACCAGCUGGACUGUGUAAUACUGUUUCUGUCCCGAGGAGCAGAUGUAAAUCUGAAGAACAGGGAUGGCGAGACUCCGUUGGACUGCAGUAAUAUAAACUCCAAGAUGUGGAUAAUCCUGAACACCAAUAAGAAGUUAACUGAUGCCAGGAGUGGAAGAGAUGGCCAGAGAGAAAGGCUCCUCUGCAGAGAUAUAUCUCGAGGCUAUGAGGAGGUCCCUGUGCCGUGUGUGAAUGGAGUGGACCAUGAGCCCUGCCCCAACAACUUCAAAUAUGUUCCAGAGAACUGCUUUACCUCUCAAGUAAAUAUAGAUGAGAACAUAACACACUUACAGCACUGCAGUUGUAAAGAUGACUGUGCUUCUAGCAGCUGUAUCUGUGGCCAGCUCAGCAUACGGUGUUGGUAUGAUAAGGAUCGCAGAUUGCUGAGAGAUUUCUGCAGAGAUGAUCCACCCUUUCUGUUUGAGUGUAACCAUGCCUGUUCUUGUUGGAGAACAUGCCGGAAUAGAGUGAUACAGAAUGGGCUUCGGUUGAGACUGCAGGUGUUUAAGACUGAGAGGAUGGGCUGGGGAGUCAGAGCACUGCAGGAUAUUCCUGAGGGAACAUUUAUAUGCGAGUUUGCUGGUGAAAUAAUUUCAGAUGGAGAAGCUAAUGUUCGGGAGAAUGACUCGUACAUGUUCAACUUGCAUAAUAAGGUUGGAGAGGUCUACUGCAUAGAUGCCCAAUUUUAUGGUAACGUUAGUAGGUUUAUGAAUCAUCUUUGUGAACCCAAUUUAUUUCCUGUACGCGUGUUCACCAAACACCAGGACCUGCGCUUUCCUCGAAUUGCACUCUAUGCCAGCAAGCCUAUUCAAGCUGGAGACGAGUUAGGGUUUGACUAUGGAGAUCCCUACUGGCAUAUCAAGAAAAAGUACUUCCGCUGUCAGUGUGGUUCUGCACAAUGUAGAUACUCUGAGACUGUUCUGGGCCAGAACCAGGCAGGCAGCUCUAUCCAAACCCUCAGUGAUCAGACCGCUGCUCAGGUGGAACACAUCCAGUCAUCUAACACGACUAUAGCAAUAAUGCAACCCUGAGCCCUGACUUCAUGCACACAACAGGCCUUUUAACAAUUAAAAUAUGGCCAGGAGGAGUACAAUGUAUCAUUUACUAAAUUUCUGCUCCAAAGGGAGUUUGUGCUACUAUAAUACAACAUUUAUUAUAAGAGAUCCAUUGUGGGCUUUUAUAUAAAACUGCUUUUAGUUAAACUCUUUUAAUCAAAUGAAUUUUGGCCUUUGUAUUAGAGUGAAUGUCUUUCACAAACAGUUUAGGUUUGUUUAGGAUGGUGGAAAGACUCCUUGUAUGAGUGAUACAUUAGCAUAGUAGACAAUUUCUACAUUUUUAAGCAUAACAUUUUAUACAGCUGGUAUUGAAAGCAAAAAGUUAUUAGCUGAUUAUCAUGAGCAAGAAUGAAAGAGAAAUAAAAACAAGCUUAUUUUUUUUUUUUUUAACUCGGUGUGUUCUGAGGAGCAGAGACAGAGAUCAGGGCUGUUUUAAAGUCUGUUUUUACAUGUAUUGAAAUGGAACUAUGAAAUGAUUACUGAAUUUUAAAUUUGUGCCUGUGAGAAAUAAAGCUUUUCAGUGAUGUUUGUAA